GGGAAUAGGGCUAAAUAGACCCUGAAUACGCUUUAUACAUUAACUACCCACCCGUGUUAUAGUAGCAGCAUUAUAACCACACCGCUUUCAUUUCUGAUCGGUGAAUUUAAAUGUAUGGAGAAUGCAUGAUCUUCUGUAUGUAAAACGUUUUAAACAAUCAGCAUAGUCGCAUUUUUCGACCUCCAAGAUCGUUCGAGGAAUAUCAAUUAAUCCAUAGGGAUUUGCAUGUUUCUGAACCCGAUGGUGGAUCAGCGAUCGCGACAGUUUAUAUAUCGGAUAUCAUCGUUAGAUGUACAUGCAUGUAUAUGUUUACAUCACAAUAACACACUUUCAAGGCGAUGGAAGACGCAGAUAUUGCUCAGUACCAAAGACAGAUCAAUCGUGCAAACUCAUCCAUCAGUCUGAAGAAAGAAUCCACACAAGAUGAAGGGAAAGUAAGGCACUACAAUGGCAAAGUGUCUACUGCACUCGGUAUAUUGCUCAUUCUGUGUGCUAUUUCAUCAAUCAUUGUCGGAAUUGUUGCCCUUAUUGUUGAAAGUGAGUUCCAUGAUUUUGGGCCAGGAAUUUGGGCAGGUGUGUUUUUCCUGGCCCCUGGGGUAUUUGGUAUCGUGGCACGGAACAAGAUGCGAUGUUUGGUAUUUGGUUUUCUAGGUUCCUCUGUUGCAUCUCUUGUUAUAUCGAGUGAUCUGAUUGUAAUUCUAUGCAUCGGUCUUUCAACUGAUCACAUCGAAAACGACAGGAAAGCAAUCAUUGUGAAUAUCGUUGGAAUCACGAUAGCCCUGACAGCAAUGAUGACGUCAUUAUUUGCCAUUGUUCUAUGUUCAAUACCUUUCUGUCGUCCUCCUGAUAAAACAUGCCCUCACUGCCGAUCCAAGCAGGCGAUGGAAAACCUAGGAUUCACUCCUGACGAACACCCUUGAAUAAUCAUCGAAAAUAAUGGAAUAGCUUGAUUAUACCAUGGAUGUUUGACCUCCAUACGGUUAUUAUUAUACCAUGACAGAUGGAGACGUAUCCAGUCAUCGAGGGCAAUAUAGUAACUAUACCGCAGAUCAUCAUCAGGGUGCGAACAAUCAACGAUGCAUCUAAGCUCUGCAUUGAUUUUUAUCAAGAAAUUGGAUUUAGGAUUGCGGCAUGUGUGCACCUUCUACACACCCCGGGGAAUGUUCCAUAUAUACACAGGCACUUGGAAUGCUCCACA